CUGGCAGGUACUAUGGCAUGUGCCCAUGUCAUAGCUAAAAGAAAGGCUGAAACAUUUGUAAUUUUUUAUUUAUGUAAUGGGAGAUGGGCUCCAUAUUAUAAGGUAGGGGAUUCUUCAAGAACUUCCGGUACUGAGAAAUCAAAUUGAAUGACAAACAGGAACCAAAAAAUGCCAUGGUAGAGAUGAAGAGAACCCAAAACCUCUUUUUCUGUCCUUGUUUCCUUUUCUGAAACAAGUGACUAAAUACUCAAAGUCCAUGGGGAAUAUGACAGAUCCAUUCUAAAAACUCACUAACACCUUCAUGUUCAGCCAAGAACCAGCAAGUUCACAUCUUAUUUUGAAGAAAACAAACCUUUAUAUAAGUUGGAAGCAUAGUAUCACAAACUGGCCUACAGGGGUAAAUAGAUGCCGGAUUUGCUUCCAGUCAGCCAGGCCCAAUAAUGUCCUUCAAGCCUGCAGAACUAUUGCGUCUGAUGUUCCUCCACCACCCUGAAACAGAACCAAUAGCGGCUGAUCCUGUGUCUACCCGCAACCUUCUCUUUCGUGACAAAGCAACAUGCAAGUGGAAUCCCAAGGUCAAUGGAAUGUUUCCACAUAUUAUACCACCAACAUGAGAAAAAAAUGAUCACUGUUUAUUUGAAACUUGAUGAUAUUCUAAGGCUGCCUUUUCUCUUCUCAUUUUAGAGAAAAAUGAGCAGGCGGAAUUGUUGGAUUUGUAAGAUGUGCAGAGAUGAAUCUAAGAGGCCCCCUUCAAACCUUACUUUGGAGGAAGUGUUACAGUGGGCCCAGUCUUUUGAAAAUUUAAUGGCUACAAAAUAUGGUCCAGUAGUCUAUGCAGCAUAUUUAAAAAUGGAGCACAGUGACGAGAAUAUUCAAUUCUGGAUGGCAUGUGAAACCUAUAAGAAAAUUGCCUCACGGUGGAGCAGAAUUUCUAGGGCAAAGAAGCUUUAUAAGAUUUAUAUCCAGCCACAGUCCCCUAGAGAGAUUAACAUUGACAGUUCGACAAGAGAGACUAUCAUCAGGAACAUUCAGGAACCCACUGAAACAUGUUUUGAAGAAGCUCAGAAAAUAGUCUAUAUGCAUAUGGAAAGGGAUUCCUAUCCCAGAUUUCUAAAGUCAGAAAUGUACCAAAAACUUUUGAAAACUAUGCAGUCCAACAACAGUUUCUGACUACGACUCAAAAGUUUAAAUAGAAAACAGUAUAUUGAAAGUGGUGGGUUUGAUCUUUUUAUUUAGAAACCCACAAAAUCAGGAACACAGUACAAAUAAAACAGAAAUCAAACUAUAAGUUGACUUUUAGUUCCUAAAAAGAAACAUAUUUCAAAAGCAAUGGAAUCUAGAAUUCUUAUAACAUGAAUAACAAAAUGUACAGCAUACCUAUGUAGUUCAAUUAAUAUAUAAGGAAAAGGAAGGUCUUUCUUCAUGAUACAAGCAUUAUAAAGUUUUUACUGUAGUAGUCAAUUAAUGGAUAUUUCCUUGUUAAUAAAAUUUUGUGUCACAAUUUACAAAUUACUUCUUUAAAAAUUGUUGUUAUAUGAAUUGUGUUUCUAGCAUGAAUGUUCUAUAGAGUACUCUAAAUAACUUGAAUUUAUAGACAAAUGCUACUCACAGUACAAUCAAUUGUAUUAUACCAUGAGAAAAUCAAAAAGAUGUUCUUCAGAGACAUUUUAUCUAUAAAAUUUUCCUACUAUUAUGUUCAUUAACAAACUUCUUUAUCACAUGUAUCUUCUACAUGUAAAACAUUUCUGAUGAUUUUUUAACAAAAAAUAUAUGAAUUUCUUCAUUUGCUCUUGCAUUUACAUUGCUAUAAGGAUAUGAAAUGUGGUUUCUAUAUUUUGAGAUGUUUUUUCCUUACAAUGUGAACUCAUCGUGAUCUUGGAAAUCAAUAAAGUCAAA